AGUAAUCCACUCCAUAAAGCUGCUGUAAGUGGGAUGAGCUAAGCAUAGGAGAUGAACGCACAGUGUCUCUGGGAAGACUCCUCCUCUUAGUUUUAUGUCAUCACGCCAGCAAGUGGGAUGGAAAUUGGUAAAGUACCUCUAUUUACAGGCCCAGAGGAAACUGUGGCAGCUGCCCUGAAACCACAGGAGAAGUGUUGGAGGAAAUCAGAAUUCAUUCAGGAGUUUGAUAAGUAAAUCCAACCGCCACAACAGCUGACUCUUUAUGAUGUAACUGAAAGAAAACAGUCCUCGCUCACUUGCUCGUUUGGAAGAUGGCCACCGCGGUGGAGGAUCCCCAUCUGGGCUCGGGCCCCGACGAUGAAGACGACGUGUCCCCAUCAGAGAGCGAGUCUGACGCAGACAGCAUCCUCUCCGACGACUCCGUGCUUCCGGACUACACGCUGGGGAUGACAAAUGGAGGCCCGACAUCGACGCUGUAUCUGGCGUGCGCCCGUAACGAAUCCGCCUCUCUGAGGAAAAUUCUAGCGAGAGGGGUCACAAGUGAAGAAGUGAUGGAGUUGGACAUUAACAAAUGGAACGGCUUGAUGGUGGCCUGCUGCAAAGGCUUCCUGGACGUUGUAUAUGAGCUUCAAAACUGUCCCUUUAUAGACAUAAAUCACCAAGACAAUGAGGGCAAUACUGCACUGAUGAUCGCUUCCCAAGCAGGACACGUCUGCACCGUGAUGCAUCUUCUCAACUACUUCCCUGGCAUAGACACAGAAAUAAGGGACUGCCGAGGUUUCACGGCACUCAUCAAAGCCGCCAUGACCGGCCGUAAUGAUGUUGUGGCAGCCCUCGUUAUGGCUGGAGCUGACAUACAUGCAGUCGACUCUACGAAAGGAAAAUGCGCUCAGGACUGGGCAAUUAAAACAGGCAGAUUUGAGACCUUGUGCCGUCUCCGCCGUCUGAAACUGCGUCCGAAAGCUGAGCAGUUCUGCGAGAGCUACGUCCCUGAAUGGCCAGAUCUCAAGGAACGAGUCGCCAAGGCCUCAGUGGAGAAAAGUUCCACAGAAAAAAUUGCACAGCGGCUCAAAAACACCUUCGGAUUCAGAAUACCCCGUGACCCCCAGGACAACGGGGUCUUGGAUCACAUGGUGCGCAUCACCACCAGUGUCCACAGCCCCCUCAUUUCCACUGGAUGCCACCCACUGUGCCCGACGAGCCCCCCGGAGGUGGGGAAGAGGCGUCUGGCCGUCCCAGAGCUGGUGAAGAAGCACUCGGAUAAGCCCCUGGAGGAAGGCUCAGUGAGCCACAGCAACGGCUCCGUGUCGCAAACCAUCCCCACAAUCCACUCUGCGGAGUCCAUCACCGCCACGUGCUGCGCCGAGACCGACCGGCGAGGCAGCAUCCUCUCAUUGGCCUCCAAUAAAGUUGCUUCGACAUUCAUCCCCCGCAGCAUGGCGAGGAGGAACAGUGUGUUCCCCUCCGGCUGUAUCCCCCAGAUCAACAUCAGCAGGCCUUCAGAAGCGACGCCAAGGAAAGAGAAGAAGAAGAAAAAGCUGGACAAGGGAUUUCUGGAGCCGCCCAUUUGGAAGUACAAGGAAGCCAGGGAGGAGAAAAAGAAGGAGAAGAAGAAGAUUGAAAAAGAGAAGGAGAAGAAGGACAAAAAGGAGAAAAAGAAGGCAAAAGACAGCAAGAAGUCCAAAAAUUAG